UGGCGGCCGCGGGGCGACCUCGGCCCCGCGCCGUUUCGCUGGCGGAGCGGGGCUGGUCUGCUCCCCGCGCCCCUCACCGCAGCGGUGAGGCCGGCUCAGUUGUGCCGGCCUCGGGCCACCAGCCCUCCUCCUCAGAGCCGCCGCCAUCAUGCUGCUGCCCGUAUUCACCCUGAAACUGCGCCACAAAAUCAGCCCCCGCAUGGUGGCUGUAGGGCGCUACGACGGGACUCACCCGUGCCUGGCGGCCGCCACCCAAGCGGGCAAGGUUCUUAUUCACAAUCCUCAUACACGGAGCCAGCAUUUCAGUGCAUCCAGGGUCUUCCAGAGCCCCCUGGAAUCUGAUGUUUCACUUCUCAACAUUAACCAGGCAGUUACCUGCCUGACUGCAGGAGUAUUGAACCCAGAACUGGGCUAUGACGCUCUUUUAGUGGGGACACAGACUAAUCUUUUGGCUUAUGAUGUCUACAAUAAUUCAGAUUUAUUCUACAGAGAGGUGGCAGAUGGGGCCAGUGCAAUGGUGCUGGGGACACUAGGAGACAUCCCCUCUCCUCUGGCGAUUAUUGGUGGAAACUGUGCUCUGCAGGGUUUUGAUCAUGCAGGAAAUGAUCUCUUUUGGACGGUCACUGGAGAUAAUGUUCAUUCUCUGGCCUUGUGUGACUUUGACGGUGAUGGGAAGAAAGAGCUUCUUGUCGGAUCUGAGGAUUUUGAUAUCCGAGUUUUUAAAGAAGAUGAGAUUGUGGCAGAAAUGACAGAAACGGAGAUAAUCACCUCUCUUUGCCCCAUGUAUGGCAGUCGAUUUGGUUACGCCCUUUCCAAUGGCACAGUUGGAGUUUAUGACAAAACAGCCCGAUAUUGGAGAAUUAAAUCCAAAAAUCAUGCCAUGAGCAUUCAUGCUUUUGACCUUAAUUCUGAUGGAGUGUGUGAACUGAUAACUGGUUGGUCCAACGGGAAGGUUGAUGCUCGAAGUGACCGAACUGGAGAGGUCAUCUUUAAAGACAACUUUUCUUCUGCAAUUGCUGGUGUGGUAGAGGGAGAUUACCGGAUGGAUGGCCACGUCCAGUUAAUCUGCUGCUCAGUGGAUGGGGAAAUCCGGGGCUACCUGCCAGGCACAGCUGAGAUGAGAGGGAACCUCCUGGACACCAGCAUAGAGCAGGAUCUGAUCCGAGAGCUGAGUCAGAAGAAACAGAAUCUGUUGCUGGAACUCCGUAACUAUGAGGAAAACGCCAAGGCUGAAUCCAGCAGUCCGCUGAAUGAGGCUGAUGGGCAUCGGGGCAUAAUCCCAGCCAAUACCAAGCUCCACACUGCCCUCUCGGUCAAUCUGGGGAAUGAGACACAGGCUGCUCAUGCAGAAUUGUGCAUUUCCACUUCUAAUGACACCAUCAUCCGAGCAGUAUUGAUUUUUGCAGAGGGCAUUUUUCUAGGUGAAAGCCAUGUGGUACACCCCAGCAUUCACAACCUCUCCAGCUCCAUCCGCGUCCCAAUUACCCCUCCCAAGGACGUCCCUGUGGAUCUGCACUUGAAAACCUUCGUGGGUUACAGAUGCAGCACGCAGUUCCACGUGUUUGAAUUGACAAGACAGCUGCCCCGGUUUUCCAUGUAUGCGCUGACCAGCCCGGACUCCGCCAGCGAGCCACUCAGUUAUGUUAACUUUACCAUUGCAGAACGGGCACAGAGGGUUGUUAUGUGGCUCAACCAGAACUUUCUGUUACCAGAAGACACUAACAUUCAGAACGCUCCGUUUCAAGUGUGUUUCACAUCCUUACGGAAUGGUGGCCAGCUGUAUAUAAAAAUAAAACUUAGUGGAGAGAUCACUGUAAAUACUGAUGAUAUUGAUUUGGCUGGUGAUGUCAUCCAGUCGAUGGCAUCAUUUUUUGCUAUUGAAGACCUUCAGGUGGAAGCGGAGUUCCCGGUCUACUUUGAGGAACUGCGAAAGGUGCUGGUUAAGGUGGAUGAGUAUCAUUCAGUGCAUCAGAAGCUCAGUGCUGACAUGGCUGAUAAUUCUAAUCUGAUCCGAAGUCUGCUGGUCCGAGCUGAGGAUGCUCGUCUGAUGAGGGACAUGAAAACGAUGAAGAGUCGCUAUAUGGAACUCUACGACCUUAAUAAAGACUUGCUAAAUGGAUAUAAGAUUCGCUGUAACAACCACACAGAGCUGCUGGGAAACCUCAAAGCAGUGAAUCAAGCGAUUCAGAGAGCAGGCCGUCUGCGUGUUGGAAAACCGAAGAAUCAAGUGAUCACUGCCUGUCGGGAUGCGAUCCGGAGCAACAACAUCAACAUGCUGUUCAGAAUCAUGCGGGUGGGGACCGCCUCUUCAUAGCAGAGGAAAGAAUAGGUAAUGAAGUGCCUAGAAAAUGGUUUCCCCAAAAAUGUAGCCUGGUUUGCUUUGGGUCACAUCCUGUUGACCCCAAGGUGCUGAGAAGCCUUGGUGAGUUGUACAAAUGAACAAAGCAUUGUGUCUGAAAAAUGUAUUCACUUCCUGUUUGUAAGAUCAGCCGUGCUCUUGCCGAGUGGUGCUAGGUUUGUAUGGAGCACGGUGAGUACUUGUGAAACAUUAGGGCUUCAAAGUCCAGUUUUUCUGUAUGUAUGUAAAGUAGAUGUAUAGAGACAUCUUUUCUCUUGAAAUUGUAAUUGAAUUUGUAAUUUUAAAAUAGAUUAUCUACUUUUUCAUUAAAA